AUAAAAUGAAGAAAGAAAACGGUGCGUUCAAGGUGUGUACAUAGAUUAGAUAGAGAAAGUGGGGAAGAAGAGAAGAGAAGAGAAGAGAAGAGUGAAAAAUGGGAAGCAGAGGUCCACCGCAAAAACAUCCUAAUUCUGAAGUUUCUACAAAGAGUUACAACUUCACUACCACUUGGGAACAAAAUGCUCCUUUAUCCGAUCAACAACAAAACGCCAUUAUUUCCCUUUCUCAUGCUGUUUCUGAACGUCCUUUCCCUCUCAAUUUCCUGGCACAAGAGAAUGCAUCUGUUCAAGAUAAUGCAUUGUCUGUUACCAUCGAGGAUACUUCUUUUGAUGAUUCCGGUGCUAUUAAAACUGUUAUGGUUAAUACUAAUCAAUUCUACAAGUGGUUUUUAGAUCUUGAAUCUGCUAUGAAAUCAGAGACUGAAGAGAAAUAUCAACAUUAUGUGAGUACUCUAACGGAGCGGAUACAGACAUGUGAUGAUAUUCUUCAACAGGUUGAUGAUACCCUCGACUUGUUCAAUGAACUACAGUUGCAGCAUCAGGCAGUUGCGACAAAGACUAAGACGCUUCAUGAUGCAUGUGAUAGACUGGUACAGGAGAAGCAAAGACUGAUUGAUUUUGCGGAAGCACUUCGUAGUAAACUCAAUUACUUUGAUGAACUGGAGAAUGUUGCUACCAAUUUUUAUUCUCCAAAUAUGAACGUUGGAAACGAAAACUUCCUCCCACUUCUCAAAAGGCUUGAUGAAUGCAUCUCAUAUGUUGAAAGCAAUCCACAAUAUGCAGAAUCCAGCGUUUACUUGCUUAAAUUUCGUCAACUCCAGUCUCGGGCACUGGGCAUGAUGCGUUCUCAUGUGCUUGCCGUUCUUAAAGGCGCCUCUUCUCAGGUCCAGGAAGCAAUUCGAGGAAGUGGGGGGGACAGAGCAUCCAUCUCUGAGGGAGUAGAGGCUUCUGUAAUAUAUGUUCGGUUUAAGGCAGCAGCAAGUGAGCUUAAACCGCUGCUUGAAGAAAUUGAAAGCAGGUCUUCAAGGAAAGAAUAUAGUCAAAUUCUUGUAGAAUGCCACCGAUUAUACUGUGAGCAACGCCUCUCUUUGAUAAGAAGCAUAGUUCAGCGACGAAUAUCAGAAUUUUCCAAGAAAGAGUCCUUGCCAUCAUUGACCAGAUCAGGAUGUGCAUAUCUUAUACAGGUCUGUCAACUUGAACACCAGCUGUUUGAUCAUUUUUUCCCAGCUUCUUCAAAGGAUGUUUCGAGUUUAUCUCCAUUAAUGGAUCCUCUGUCAACAUAUUUAUAUGAUACACUGCGCCCCAAACUAGUUCAUGAAACAAAUAUUGACUUUCUUUGUGAACUCGUUGAUAUACUAAAAAUGGAGGUCCUGGGGGAACAACAUAGUAGACGGAGUGAGUCAUUGGCUGGUCUACGUCCUACGUUUGAGAGAAUUUUAGCAGAUGUACACGAGCGGUUGACUUUUCGUGCUCGGACUCAUAUAAGGGAUGAGAUAGCGAACUACAUGCCGACUAAUGAAGACUUGGACUACCCUGAAAAGCUGAAAAGAUUAGCUGAAAGUACAUCUGAGAUCAAUCCUGCUGAUGGAAACCCAGAUACGUUUAAGACAUGGUAUCCUCCCCUGGAGAAAACCCUAUCGUGCCUUUCAAAGUUGUAUCGUUGUUUAGAGUCAGAAGUUUUCACAGGUUUAGCACAGGAAGCAGUGGAAGUUUGCUCGACAUCUAUUCAGAAAGCAAGCAAAUUAAUUGCAAAGAGAUCAUCUCAAAUGGAUGGGCAACUCUUCCUUAUAAAGCAUCUUCUAAAUUUAAGGGAGCAGAUUGCUCCCUUCAAUAUUGAAUUUUCAGUCACGCAAAAGGAGCUUGAUUUCUCCCAUUUACUGGAUCAUCUGCGGAGACUUCUAAGAGGUCAAGCCUCGCUAUUUGACUGGUCAAGGUCAACGUCAUUGGCGAGGACAUUGUCUCCAAGAGUUCUGGAAAAUCAAAUUGACACCAAAAAGGAACUGGAAAAAAGCCUUAAAGCCACUUGUGAAGAGUUCAUCAUGUCAGUUACUAAGCUAGUUGUGGAUCCGUUGCUCUCAUUUGUUACAAAGGUUACUGCAGUGAAAGUUGCAUUAUCUACUGGUGCCCCGAAUCAAAAACUAGAGUCAGCUAUGGCCAAACCUCUGAAGAAUCAGGCUUUUGCUACUCCAGAUAAGGUGGCUGAACUUGUUCAGAAGGUCCAGACAGCUAUUCAGGAGCAACUGCCAGUGGUGAUAGCAAAGAUGAAGCUCUAUUUGCAGAAUUCAUCAACAAGAACAAUACUUUUCAAACCAAUAAAAAUCUUACUUGUCAAAUGCUUUUCUCGUGCUCCUGUAGGACUAAUAUUAUUGAAGCUCAUAUCCAAGUACAAUCCCUUCUACAAUCGGAAUACACAAGUGAAGAUAUCCAGAUUAUUAAUCUGAAAUCCGUACAGGAUCUGCAAACUGAGCUUGAUAACUUUCUCUAAUCUGUAUGUAAAUGCCAUUGAAUAACUCGAUACCCAUUUUUUUGCCCCACUUGAGAAUAACAGGCUUAAGUUACAUCAUUACAUUACAUACUAGAUAAAUUUGUAGAAUUAUUAGUGAGAUGACAGCUGUGUUUUAUUUUAUAUAUAUAAAGGGGUGAAAGCCCAAAAAGAGAUUAUGCGGAUAUUAA